AUGUCCUCCCUCUUGGCAUCCCUCUCCUACACCUCCUCCCUCCUCCACAUGCCCAUCAUACCCAAUCACCUCAGAGUCGCAUUGUUAAACUACAAAUGGUCCUCUACGGGUGGACCUGACUUUGUAGUUGAACAGUGCAUUCUAUGGUUUAGAGAUAUAUCAAGUGAAUUUGCAUCCAUGAUGGCUACUGUACUUUCCUUGAUCUGCCAGAAAAAACGUAUGCAUGUGCUGCUGGAUAUUGCACGACAUGUUGGAAAUUAUAUACUGAGUAGCCUUGAGAUGGUGAAAGACAUUGCCAUACCUGUCUCCUCGAGUGAAAUCCAUGAAGCAAAACAGCAGCGUACAAACAUACAAAGGCAGAGCAAGUUCAGGUUCUGGAGCCAUCAAUCGAGUCAGACCAUAUUUCAAAGAUCGCAGAGCCUGGGCAUUGUGUUCUCACGUUGUCUGAGAGUAGUUGCUGCACUCCUGCAGAUGGUGAAUGCUACUCAGAGUCAGCAGCGACCGAAGAACCGAUCCGACUGUUGGGCCAUUGGCACCAGGACAUGCAGAAAGAGAUUCGAGUCCUGUGGUCGUGUCGAGAUGGCCAGGGCAGUGAGAUGCAGGAAAUCAGAAUAUAGAAAUUGUGACUCGGGGCGUUUAAUAACAGCGGACAGCGUGUUGGCGGGCGAGGUGGGGAUAGACAGUGUUGAUGCUUGGGGAGAAUCUCCUGCAACACCAUUGCGACCAUCUUUCGAGGAGCAAAUCAGAAAGUUGCAGUUGCAGCUAUCGCAGAUAGGCUUUUUUCAAAUCGCAUCUUUUUCGCCUGCUUUACAAGCGAUGCAGCCUGGACUGGCACCUUCUAUGGGCGAGCCGAGGCUGGAGAUAGGCCCAACCCGUAUAGAAAAAGAAUAG